UGACGUGCUGCGGGGCGACGGGCGGCGGCCUGAUGACGUGGCCCGCGCGCGGCGGGUUCUGGGCGAGUCGCGGGAGCGUAGCAAGCGCUGGAGCAGAACAAAAGUAACAGAAAUGCAGGAGAAUUAAUCAUAUAGAAUUGAAAAUGAUUUCUCCACAUCAUAAACUUCCCCAGUGGAUGUCUGCACAGAGUAAAGACAAUGCUGUGGGUGACAAAAAGAAGUCUCAUGGUCAGAGGAGUGUUCUGGAAAAUGACCUGCCUUUCUUAGAGUUCCAUGGCUCUGUUGUUUACAGCUACGAUGCCAGCGACUGUUCCUUUCUGUCAGAAGAUAUCAGAAGAAACCUGUCUGGUGGAGAUGUGAUAGGAUUUGACAUUGAAUGGCCGCCAUCAUAUACUAAAGGGAAAGUCGCCCUAAUCCAAAUAUGUGUAUCUGAGAAAAAAUGCUACUUGUUUCACAUUUCGUCAAUGUCAGGUUUUCCCAAGGGACUCAAAAGAUUGCUUGAAGAUGAAGAUGUUAAAAAAGUUGGAGUAGGAAUUGAAGGAGAUCAGUGGAAGCUGAUGAGCGACUUUGAAAUCAAGCUGAAGAGUUUUGUAGAACUGGCUGAUGUCGCCAACGAAAAACUGAAGUGUAAGGAGAUAUGGAGUCUAAAUGGCCUGGUAAAACAUCUAUUUAGCAAGCAGCUUCUGAAGGACAAGUGUGUCCGCUGUGGUAACUGGGAAGAAUUUCCACUCAGCGAGGAGCAGAAGUUGUAUGCAGCCACUGACGCUUAUGCCGGCCUCCUCAUUUACCAAAAACUGGAAAAUAUGAAUAACUGUGGUCAGAGGCUCUGUAGUAUAAAAACCGAUGGGGAAAUGUUGCCCAAUGAAGUCAAGAAGCAACUGUCCUCAUUAGCUGAAGAAAUGGUGGAGCUGGCUAAUGGUCUUCCCAGCACUUUUGGACAACUUAAAAAUAUGCAGAGAGCUGUAGAAAUAUUAACCGAUGUAUCAGGAAAUAUAGGUGCCUUAAGAAACGUGUUGCUUGGUGAACCCAACCCCCAAGCAGAGCUGGGGAGCAGCUGUGUUGCAGCGCCAACGAAUGCUGAAGUUGUGUCUACCGUUGUUGAAGACGAAAAGGCCGAAACGCCUGAAUUUCCUACAAGACUUCAAGAUGAUAUAAAUAAUGACCUUGAUGGUGAUAUGUUACUGUGUGUCAGUGAGAGAGACCUGACUAGUGGUGAAAUGGAACUUAGUAAGCCUGAGCAGAAAGAUGGAACUGCAGACAAAGGAUCUAAGGAGGAUACAGAUAGAGACUGCUUAAUGUCACUGGACAUUACUGAAUUCGAACUUCAAAUGUUGGAACUUAAGGCCAACCAAGAAAUUCUAAACGAAGCUGCCUUGCCUGAGGAACCAUAUUCCAGAGAGAAUGAACAAAAUCUUGGUUGUGUCAUUGAAAGUGAUGAAGAACUGGAAAUGGAGAUGCUCAAAUCUAUAGAAGAUGUAAACAAUUCUAAAGUCAGUCGAACUGACUCUAUCUCCAUUGAAACCAAGAGAAUUGAUGGCACAAAAUUUCGCCUUUCUCCAGAUGAUGAUGAAGAUGAAGGCAUUGAGGAGGAGGAAGAGGAGAGUUGGGAUCCUUUGUUGCCUGCGCCUAGUGAAAUAGAAGUCACGUGCUUAAAGACAUAUUUUGGGCAUUCUGGUUUUAAACCGGUCCAGUGGAAAGUGAUCUCUUCUGUUUUACAAGGCAGAAGAGAUAACCUUGUUGUCAUGGCAACUGGAUAUGGGAAGAGCUUGUGCUUCCAGUUCCCACCCAUUUACACAGGAGGUACAGGAAUAGUCAUCUCUCCUCUUAUUUCUUUGAUGGAGGACCAAGUGCUGCAGCUUGAAAUGUCAGGCAUUGCAGCUUGCUUGCUUGGAUCAGCUCAGUCAAAAAAUGUGAUAGGGGACAUCAAAGCGGGCCACUAUAGAGUUGUGUAUAUAACUCCAGAGUUCUGCUCGGGGAACUUAUCAUUACUUCGGGAACUUGACGAAACCAUUGGUAUUACGCUGAUAGCAGUCGAUGAGGCUCAUUGUAUUUCAGAGUGGGGGCAUGACUUCAGAAAUUCAUUUAGGACUUUGGGUUCCUUAAAGAAAGCGCUCCCUUCGGUUCCUAUUGUUGCUUUAACUGCAACAGCGAGCCCUUCAGUUAGAGAAGACAUAGUGCGUUGUCUAAACCUAAAGAAUCCUCAGGUCACAUGUACUAGUUUUGACCGACCUAACCUAUACUUAGAAGUUGGACGAAAAUCUGGACAAAUCCUUCGGGAUUUAAAACUGUUCCUUAUUAAAAAGGAAAGCUCUGCAUAUGAGUUUGAAGGACCCACUAUCGUUUAUUGCCCUUCAAGGAAGACCACUGAACAAGUAGCUGCUGAGCUGAUGAAAUUAAACUUGUCCUGUGGCACAUACCAUGCUGGCAUGGGAAUCAAAGCAAGGAAAGAUGUUCAUCACAAGUUCAUGAGAGAUGAAAUUCAGUGCAUUGUGGCUACCGUGGCCUUUGGAAUGGGUAUCAAUAAAGCAGACAUCCGGAGAGUUAUUCAUUAUGGUGCCCCUAAGGAAAUGGAAUCCUACUACCAAGAAAUUGGAAGGGCUGGCCGUGAUGGGCUUCCCGCUUCUUGUUACGUAUUUUGGACUGCAGCUGAUAUGACUUUUAACAGACAUCUUCUAAAUGAGAUACAUAAUGAAGGAUUCCGACUAUACAAAUUAAAGAUGGCGGCAAAGAUAGAGAAGUACCUUAACUCAAACAGCUGCAGGAGAAAAAUCAUCUUGUCUCAUUUUGAAGACAAACAACUCCGGAAGGCCUCCUCUGGCAUCAUGGGAACAGAAAAAUGCUGUGAUAAUUGCCGGUCCAGAACCCUUUGCUGCACCAUUAACAGUGACACAGAAGAGAGUUUGCAGGAUUUCGGUCAGCAAGCGUACCAGCUGAUGUCUGCAGUGAGGGCCUUAGACGAGAAGUUUGGAACUGGAGUUCCGGUUUUGUUUCUCCGAGGAUCUAAUUCCCAGCGUCUCCCAGACAAGUACCGAACUCACGCUCUCUUUGGUAGUGGAAAGGACUGGCCAGAGAAUUGGUGGAAGGCUUUGGGCCGACAGCUCAUCACUGAAGGGUUCCUUAAAGAAGUUUGUGGUCGAAGCAAAUUUGCAACUCUGUGUGAGCUUACUAAAAAGGGUAGAGACUGGCUAUGUAAAGCUAGGAGUGAGUUGUAUCGGACUCUUCUGCUACAGCCCAGUGAAGAACUAUAUCUUAGGAAACCUCACACUCAAAGCAAUAGACAGAUAACUUUGGUUGCAGGACCACAUUCACCAGAUAUGAGGUCAAUAAAGCUGACACCAGAGAAACAGACAUAUUUGCAGGAAAUGUUUUCUUAUCAAGGAGCAAGUAAAAUUUCUACAAGGGGCAAAGUCUCAAAUGAAAGUGACCUGGUGCAGUCACCAAUCAAACUGAAGUCUCCAGAACCUGCUGUUUCAUCCAGAGAGAGGGAACUGCACACUGUUCUAUACAGUAAGCUGCUGGCAGCCAGACAGAAGCUAGCCAGUGAGAAGGAUAUUCCUCCGGCUGUGUUGGCAACAAAUAAAAUAUUGGUGGACAUGGCCAAAAUAAGGCCUACGACUGUUGAAAAUGUGAAGAGAAUUGAUGGCGUAUCUGAAGCAAAAUCUGCCAUGUUGGUUCCUCUCCUGGAUGAUAUCAAGGAGUUUUGCCAUGCAAAUAACCUGGAGACAGACACAUUCCCUACUUGUGGAUCUAGGGAACAGCAGCUAGCAGCCCUCCAGAAGAGAGGUGGGUGCAGCCCCCUUCCGCAGUCACAGCUCACAACAUACAUGCUGUUCCAUGAGAAGAACCAGUCUUUGAAGAGUAUAUGUGAAAGCAGGUCUCUGCCUCUCACUGUGGUUGGCUCUCAUUUAUUCCAAGCCAUGAAAGCUGGCUACCCAGUCGACUUAGAACGAGCGGGUCUGACUCCUGAGGUUCAGAAGCUUAUUACUGAUAUCAUCCAAAACCCUCCCAUCAACUCAGAUGUAACCAGAAUGACAGCGAUUAGAGCACUGGUCCCUGCAAAUAUCGAGCUGUACCUGAUCCGAAUGGCAAUUGUGCUGCUGCAGAAAGGGUGUGGAAACGGGCAGCUGGGCCAACCGUGUGAGUCAGGCAAGAAAAGCCUCUCAGCUGAGUGUGAAGGGCCGCCGGCCAGCAUGGGGCCAGCCCAGAAGAACAAGGAAGGAAUGCCAUGGACUGAAACAGAGGCGAAUUCAAAGAAGCCAACCACACACACAUACAAGUUUGUGUCCAAGGAAGGAGUAAAACAAGAUCAUCCACAUAUGGAUUCUUCACCUUGGCUUGUAAAGAGCAGCAAGAUGGAUAACAAACAACCCCCAAAUGCAGAACGGGAUGUACCAAGCCAUCAAACCUCCCUUCAUUUGGCCUCCUGGAAUCAGCCUCCCUUGGAUCCUGAUGAAGAGGAACUGUUCAGUGACUCCCAAUCAAAGACUCAGCCUGCAAAGAGGAAGUUACCAGAAUGGUUUGGACCUUCAGAGGGAGCAGAUUCUUCCAUUACUACUGGCAAGAAAUCCAAAGUGCGAGCAAAAAAAGGUCUUUUUAGUUGAACUUGGAAAUAUCAACAACUUUCUCUUUUAAAGAAGCUCAGAGAGAGCAUAUACAUGAGCAAUCUGGCUCCAUUGUCAUUGAGAAUCGAGUUGCAAGCACUACAUUAGAGAUGGUUUAUUUUUAGUUUCCAGGACAACUAGCGUUCUGAAGUACACGUUCAUUUGUUCACAGUUGAAACCAUUACUGAGCUUGGGCUGGAACUAGAGCCCCUCAGUUCUUGGACUUGUCAGUGUGUGGGAAGCACCCAUAUCAAGCAGCAAGAUCUUGAAUUCAAGUACAUAAAGAACUGACCCAAGGGUUAAAUUAGGUCAUGUUAACAUUGUUUAUAGAGGCUGUUUGCUACUUUCACUAUUAGGAUUAAACUUUCCAAGAUUUUUACUGUCAGUUUAUUAUAUAUUAGUACAGCGGUUCUCAAACUUAAGCAAUCCGAGGACCCUCAUUUUGAUUUAAAAUUUUGGGGGCCUCCCCACUCAGCCUCAGGCCCUGCCCUGACUCCACUCCUUCUCCCAAGGCCUCACCCCUCCCCCACCUCUUCCUGCCACCUGCUCACUCCAUCCCCCCCUCCCUCCAUCACUUGCUCUCCCCCGGCCUCACUCACUUUCACCAGACUGGGGCAGGAGUAGGGUGCAGAAGGGGGUGCAGGAUUUGUCAGGGAGUUUGAGUGUGGGGUCUGGGCAGGGGUCCAGGGUGUUUGCGUGUGUACUCUGGCCGGUGACGCUUACUGCGGGUGGCUCCCAACCAAGCUGGCAGCGGCGCUUAGGUGGGGGGGAGCGGGGUCAGGGGUCUUUGUGUGCUGCCUGUACCCACAAGUGCCGCCCCCAAAGCUCCCAUCGCCUGCAGUUCUUGGCCAGUGGGAGCUGCGGAGUUGGCAUUCGGGGUGGAGGCAGUACGCGGAGACCCCCUUGCCCCCCCCACCCGCCAGGGGCUGCAGGGAUGUGCCGGCCACUUCCAGGAGCAGCAGGGAGCCUGCCUUAGCCCCGCUGCACCUCCUGGAUGGGGAGAAGUUGAUCAGUGGGGCCCGUGGACCCCCUGGAGUACCCUUGGGGAUCAGUUUGAGAAACGAUGUAUUAGUAGAUUCCAUUUAUUACCAUCUAAAUGUGAAAAUUUGGGCAACUUCUGUGAAGUUCUUUCCAGGCCAUCUCAGCUGCUUGUUGUUGUGCAUUUACUUUCUCUAUGAACAUCUUCAAAACCUUCGUCUCAUCAGUUGGAAUUGAGUUUAUUAUGCAGGUGCUAAGUUUUUACAGUGCCUUUUUUUUUUUUUUUUAAAGGCUGAUAGUAGGCAUGGAAGAAUGUAGAAUAUGGGGGAUCUUGCAGAUGGUUCAGUGCCACAAAACGAAUAAGUGUUACCUUGCUGCUAAUACAUAUUAUGUCAGCUCAGCAUUCUGGAUCUACUAACGUUAAAUCUGCUUUGAUCUGAUAAUACUGUGCAGUAUAUCUGAUGUAAGAUGUACUGUAUGGAACUCACUAUAUUUCUGUUGAAUUUAGGAAAAUUAUAUAUAUGGUAAAAUGUGAUAAAUACCUUUAAAAUUGCCAUUAUGCACUUUGUACUUGCACCGUGGUGUAUUUUUUAUAAUAAAAUGCUGCAUAACGGUACUUACAAUACA